CUGGUUUGUAAACACUUUGAUCCAUUUAACCCAGUGUUGUGUUGAUUGUGUAUCGUUCGGAUCAGGUGUGGGAUUACUGAUUACGUCAGAAUGAAACGACUCGAGAGCUGAAGAGAACACCGAGCUGAUUUAUUGCCUUUUCGGAAGACAUUCGGCUGGACUGUUUUAAACAUGUUGCAUUCUUUUUAUUUGCGCAGAGAACCCAAUUGUGUGAAACACUCGGUCAGUUCGUUUUUGUCGACCAGACAUCAGGUGAACAUGUCCUCGCCUAGGACUAAAUCUGAAGAAUAUUUGGAAAAGGUAUCCGUUCCGGAUGGAACAGAAAAGGUGAUAAAUAUUAAAAAGGUGCAGCAAUCUGCAAGCAUACAACUGAGCAAAACGACACCGUUGUCCGUCCACACUGGAUACGCUUCGAAUAUGAGGACAUCAGAAUUGCACGUGGAAGAGAUGAAGUCUCAGGUACGGCGAAGAUCCAAAUCCAGUGGACAAAAGAAAUCUGGACGGGAUCACUCGAGACGAUCACAGUUGAUAGUUCGGACCGGGGAUGGCGCUUCUGGCAGUCGGAGACGUGUGGUAAGUUGUGUAGAUCUUACCGCACCUGAACCCGCUGAAACUCACCUAGUUCAUGCCAUAACUGGUGAAGAGGAGUCUACUCUAACCGGUGGAACACAUCGAGCGGCAAAAUCUAUCCGAAAAAUUCGUGGACGACAUCGUGACGAAUGGCUUUCUUCGAAAGCCGAAGAAGUUCCUCAGUCUGGAUGGCGUUAUAGUGGGAUUUUUGCCCCUGACACUGGAAGGCAUCGCCCGAGCAGUCGAACUAAACAUAGUCGAAAUUCGAGGGCUCAAAUUUCAGCCCAGGCGUCCCCGACACCUGCUGCAUGGAGCCCAAUGAACUAUAUGUCACCAGCUUGCCCACGUUGUUCUUCACUCAACGUAAAUCAGGAGAGGACUAAUCCCUACCCGAUUCCGGUGAUGAACGGAAUCUACUUACCUUAUGCACCCUAUUCGGUAGAAAAUUUCCCCAGUCAGAUGAGAUCGGGGUCGGUUCAACAACAUCAUCAUCACUCUCACGUUCGGCAUCAGCAACAAGAACAGUUUUAUGAGUCACCACUUCAGCACAGUCCACAGUUCCACCACCACCAUCAUCACCAUCACCGUCCUCAGCACUCUCCUCCAUAUCCGUCGCCGUAUGGAACAAAGUACAUGCCCAUACCUCAGGGUCGACCAGUUGGCUUCAGUCCAAACGUCGAAGACCUAAGACACGCGGAGGUAAACGGUACCGAUCGAACCGUAGAUCUCAUGGAAAUUGAAUACGCUGCAGAUAGCGCAGGUGAAAAGGACACAUAUCUAUCCUCGGAUGCUUUGAAUUUGAUUGUCAAGUUGGCCAAAAGCUUCAACAAAAGUACACAGCGCUUGGAAGAGAUCGCGAAGCAGUUGAAAUUAGCUUUAGAUGCGAGACUGGGCGAAAAGUGGCAUGUGGUGAUUGGAGACGAUUCAUUCGGUUCCAACUUGGCCAGCCUCCCGGGGGCACUCGCUAAUUUCAAACUGGGAAGAAACGUCUUCCUUGUUUGGCAAACAUAAAAGGGAAUCGGGACGGGAGGGCAACGAAUGAUUCCCAGCACACUGACGAGACAAAAGUUGUUUGUCUCAAACUUGGUCAAUUUUUUUAACACGAACUCCUAUACUAUUCGCUUACAUUUUCAAAUGUGCGUUUCGAAUUUUCCUGAAAUUAUUUCGCCAUAUUCUGAUGGAUUGUGUCCACACGAAUAGUUCCAAAAUGAUCUGUAUCAUUUGUGAUUAGUCAAAGACGUAUUUAUCGAGUUUCGGGGCAAGAGCCCUAUCGAUUAUAUCUUGUGCUAUUUUAUCAGCAGCUUCAGACCAAUGCUAAUCAUGACAAUAUAGAGUGUUUUCCUUCCAUCCAGUGAGUGGAGCUACUAACAACGUAUCGGUUCAUUUAUUCCAGUGGGCGAAGAAUUAAUUCGUUGUACAUGAUUGAAUUUCUCUGGAGCGGAUUGUGUGUUACAUAUUACUUAAGGACCCUGAGCAAGCUGGUCCAUCUCAAAGAGCCGAAUGGUAGAUGAAGAAUGCUGCUAUAUCAGAGCAGAAUGUGAAUUAUUUACUCUGGUGUUUUUUUCCUUUAAUAACUUUAUAUCGAAAUAUAGGAUCUUUCAGAAAGUUCUUCAGAUGCCUGGAUGUAGGGUUUUCACUUGGAGCAGUCAAUGUUCAACUGCUGACGUGAAUAUAUGUGCACGACACGGGACUUCUUCACGCAUCUGCACUUGAUAUUGAGUCAUUUUUAGAUUCCCGAUGAGAAAUUUUAAAAUUCAUGUUUGCUUCUGCAAAAACGUCGAAGCCAUUGAACACAGACAAAGCAUGGAUCAACCGUAGAACUCACCACCUUCAAACCAUCAAAUUACAGUCGGUUAGAUCGCAAAGCAGCUGGGAAAUGAAUUAAAGUUGUGGCAUAGCAACACUAGUGAGCAAUAUUGGUGUUCGAUUUAUACACCGAUUUGUAAAACAGUUUGAUGUUGAUGUUAGACUCGCCUGGAACCCAGCUGAAUAAAUCG